AUGUAUCAACGCAAGCUUCCUCCUCGUUUCCCAGCUUUGCCGCACAUUCAGCUUGAAACACAUGGUAAAAUAACUCACGCAUGGUAUGAACAUAUUGGACAUAUGCUAACUUCCGAACCAUCCAUAAUCGAUGGUCCCCGUACACUACCCCCGUGUAGCACUUCGGAUCGCCGUCGACUUAAAUCAAAAUUGUUGAUGCAUCCACUAUGUUCAAGAAACAACUGUGAAUCAAUAGUCAAAUCACUUAGGGAGAUUGAUUGGAUAGGUCUCAUCAACUUUUGCAGUAGCACGAACGCUUCUUUAUCAGUGCGCCAGAGUGAAUACAAAAGAUAUUCUGUGGAACUCAGAAAGGCCCUUGUUCGCCGACAAAUGCUGAAGGAAAAUGACUUAGCCUCUAGCAAGAACACCAAGCGCUUUUUCAGUUACUGUAGAAAGAAUCUCAAAUUGGCUGACUCAAUUCCGAAUUUAAUUUCACAGGGUGUCGUG